AUGGCGCCCGAGGAGAACGCGGGUACCAAACUCUUGCUACAGAGUUUCGAGCGCCGCUUCCUAGCGGCGCGCACAGUGCGCUCCUUCCCCUGACAGAGCUUGGAAGCAAAGUUAAGAGACUCAUCAGAUUCUGAGCUGCUGCGGGAUAUUUUGCAGAAGACUGUGAAGCAUCCUGUGUGUGUGAAGCACCCGCCAUCAGUCAAGUAUGCCCGGUGCUUUCUCUCAGAACUCAUCAAAAAUCCCUCGGAAGGCUCGGUCACACUCUCUGAGAGCACAGCCAUCAUCUCCCACGGUACCACAGGCCUGGUCACAUGGGACGCCGCCCUCUACCUUGCAGAAUGGGCCAUCGAGAACCUGACAGCCUUCACUAACAGGACUGUCCUAGAGCUUGGCAGUGGCGCCGGCCUCACAGGCCUGUCCAUCUGCAAGACGUGCCACCCCCGGGCAUACAUCUUCAGCGACUGUCACAGCUGGGUCCUUGAGCAGCUCCGAGGGAAUGUCCUUCUCAAUGGCCUCUCAUUAGAGGCAGACAUCACUGCCAACUUAGAUAGCCCCAGGGUGACAGUGGCCCAGCUGGACUGGGACGUAGCGACGGUCCAUCAGCUCUCUGCCUUCCAGCCAGAUGUUGUCAUUGCAGCAGAUGUGCUGUAUUGCCCAGAAGCCAUCGUGUCGCUGCUCGGGGUCCUGCGGAGGCUGGCUGCCUGCCGGGAGCACCAGCAGGCUCCUGAGGUCUACGUGGCCUUUACCGUCCGCAACCCAGAGAUGUGCCAGCUGUUCACCACCGAGCUAGGCUGGGCUGGGAUCAGAUGGGAAACGGAAGCUCAUCAUGACCAGAAACUGUUUCCCUAUGGAGAGCACUUGGAGAUGGCAAUGCUGAACCCCACACUGUAGGACUCACACACGACUCCAAUGGGAUUGUGAGAAUCAGAUCACUCUCAUGGGAAGAAUUUUUAUAUGGGAAAGCGGAUAAAACUUUCAUUGGACUGGAAUGUUUGGAGAAUGUUAAAUUCCAAAUCAGGAACCACAAACUGCCCUCUAAUAAGACAUCGCCUAUUUAAGCGUGUGGGUGCCCCCUUUCUGCCAGCAGUUCUGGUUCUUAAGAAAAUCACCAUAAAUCAGACAUGAAAAUUCUGGCUCCAAAAAUAGCAUUUUCUUUGUGCAAAUAAAAACGUGUGUAUCAAGUAUGACGUUCCCCCAACGUGGACACACCCGGUUCCUCACAAAGCCAAGCCCGCUGCAGCUGCCACAUCCCUGGACACACUCGGUUCCUCACAAAGCCAAGCCCGCUGCAGCUGCCACAUCCCUGGGCUUAUGGUGCAGCAGGUGCUUUUUUCAAGACAGGAAUCAAAGUGUUAGGAACAUGGCAGAAAGGUGACACCUGGAGACCAAAGGCAGGAUGAGGAGUACUGCAGAGGUCACAGGGAAGUCACAGAACAGUAAUACGCUAGCAGGGGCAUGGGGCGUGAAGAACAGAAGACAGGAAGCGUUUCGGAGACUCCAAAGAAGAAAUCAGGUCCAACCACAGCUUCCCGGGUCAUUGACCAGGUGACACCACUGCCGUCAUUUCAGCUUCUGGCCACUGGGAGGCGCUGCUCGAAAGGGUUUGCCCUGAGACUCCAAGAAGAAGCUGCGGGAAGGACAGCAGGGGCCCCGGGGUUUUAGCUUCUGGCCCAGGAGUUAUGUGUCCAUAACCAAAGGGAGCACAGUCUGCACCCAGCUCUCAUCCCAUCAGAGCUGCUGCGACUCCCGCAGGUUCUUCCGGAACUGGUUUAGCUUGCCUGCAAGAUCAGGAAAGUUUGAGAAAAGCAUCUGCAAAAUGCUGAAGAGCAGAGCUUACCUCAUUGCCUGUCCCCACCCCAUCCCAGGUCACCACCUGGAUGACCCCAGCUCCCCGACCCAACAACAACCCCUCCCAAGUCCCUAACUCCCUCACUUGGACUUGAGACCCUUCACACCCCAGCAGCGCUCCACCUCCAACUUGACAUCAUGCUUUCUGGAAACUUCCCCGUAUGUCCCACUUUCCCACACUUGGUGCCCUGGAGCACCUUCCGGCCUCUGCAUGCUCUACGUUCCCCUGUGAGCACCCUCCUCUCGGCCUCUGGCCAACACAGUCCCACCCAUCUGUGGGUAACAAGGGGGUCUGGGUGUUCUUUUCAGCCUUGCUAAACUGUCUGAAUCAAGGAUCACAAACUACAGCCUGCAGGCCAAAUCCAGCCCACAGCCUGUGUUUGUAAAUAAAGCUUUAUUGGAACAAAGCCACA